AAUCCCACGACGAGCAGACGAUCAAAUCGACUUUGCUCCGACGGUUAUGAUUUUUCCUUCUCUGAAGACGGCAAAUCUAUUUUAAGUAAAAGUCGCGGUCGCCUACCGCUUCCAUCAUCUACCAAGGAUUGCGAUUGCCUUUUUUUCGACGAUGGCUGGGUUCUUCAAGGGGGCGAAAGACUUUUAUCGCUCCGUCAAGUGUGCCCCCCUGUAGUGCCCACGGUAUCAGUACUGCGCAAUACUAUCAUCUUUCUUUCUGAACAAGUUAAGGUUAUAGCUAUUAAAAUAGAUCUUAAAAAAACGCCUCUAGCGAAGCAACAUGCAGCGUUGUCCCAGAUUGAGGGGGGAAACGCCAAAGUCAUGGAAGUGGUGGUGUAACUUGGUGGCGUUUAUUUAGAGCUGGCCGUCGUGACAAGAAUCCUUUCAAAUAGAAUAGUCCACGUUUCGGGCUAAAAAAUAACAAGAUCCAACUAGGUGCCUUCUUUCUAAAUAUUACCUACCUAAUCGCUAGGAUACUCAGUUCACUUUUUCAAAUUUGGUGACUUUCAACAGGCACACCAUGGACGAGCUUGACCAGAAUCCCGCGACUGGGCCUCUAGAUACCGUAGAGUGCGGGACAUCUGAUGAUCGCCACACCUCUGGGAGAAGCAAUAGUUUAAUUAUAUGCCCAAGAUGUCGCAUUUGGGGAUAUAUCAGCAUCCAUAACAUGGACGAACCAAAAAGUCGACCCGAAUCAGAUCGAUUCACCACGAUGCGCCAAUACGCAAGCAUCGAGCAACUAGCGAAAGAACACCAGUGCGCUAUGUGCGUCUCUAUCCUAGCCUCCUACCGUGCCUGGAUUCCGUAUCUCCCAAAUGCUUCCUCAUGGCCGACAUCAAGAAUAGUUCUAGAAAUAUCCGGGCCCUUCUACUUAGACCCAGGACUCGAUCCCUCUGCAAAACUUCUCCCACGGCGUGGCGAUCGCUCAAAUCCCGAUCAUAUCGUAGUUAGAAUGUUUCUGCGCUUAGAAGUGAAAGGUUUACCGCCGCCAAAGACGGAAGCGGGAAAUGAGACGAGCGAGCAGUUUUUCGUCACUACUCCGUCGGGUAAUGACCCGACUGAUGAAUUUCGGAUGCCGCCAACGUGGCUUGUCGCUACCCCGCGAUUUAAGAUGACGUACUCAAAUGACGAGGCGAAAGCUUUGGUGGGGGUUGAAGAAUGGGAUGUGCCAUUUUUCGACGUCAAUUUAUUGAAGAGUUGGUUAAAAAGAUGUGAGGAUUGCCAUGGGAGUUUAUGUGCGGGCGAGGAAACGGAAAAGAUGAGUCUCCCCGCGGGGUUCCGAGUCAUUGAUACGCACGAGAACAAGAUCGUACAGCUAGAAGGCUCGUUUCGUUACGUAGCUCUGAGUUACAUGUGGAAAGUUGGACCUGAUAACAAUUUCCAAUUGGAAAAAGAUAAUGUUGCUUCCCUCGAGGAACCUCAUAGUCUUGAAGUUGUACAACUCCCAAAUAUCGUAGCCGACGCUAUUGCCUUAUGUCGCGACCUUGGCGAGCGCUAUUUAUGGAUUGACCGACUAUGCAUAGUCCAAGAUGACAUUGUAGGAAAAUUGGAUCAAAUUAAUGCGAUGGAUGCAAUUUAUCGUUCUGCGAGCUUUACGAUCAUAGGAGCUCUCGACACACGCGACGAUAUCGGGUUACCAGGAUACGCUGGCAGGCCAAGACACCCAUCGAUUUGGUGGCCGGCCUACAAACCCGAAGUUGAAAGUCAAGGGAUAAGAUGUGGGGAAAUCAUGAGCGACUUCAUCAAUCCGACCUUGUGGAAUCGGAGGGGAUGGACGUUUCAAGAGAGGCUGUUGUCGAGACGAAGUAUCUUCAUUACGCAUCAUCAAGUUAUCUACGAGUGCUUCCAGGAUGAAGCUAUGGAGCUACUCACGUGGGCUACGCACGAGGAAAGUUCGGGCGACGAAGCUUCCGGAGCCCUUGGUUCAUUUACUAGGGGAGUGAUAGAAAGCGAGCCGUUCGAGUAUAGGAUCUGGGGAAAUAUUUCAUUGUUAGACUAUUGUAGGUGGGUCUUUGAUUACACAUCGCGACAGUUAUCCAAUCGAGGAGAUGCGCUCAAUGCUUUUAACGGCGUGAGUAAUGUUCUUGAGAGGGCUUUAAACUCGCCUAUGCUAUUUUGCAUACCUGAGAAAUCCAUGGCAUCUUGUCUCUUUUGGGACUGCUUCGGACCUUUUAGCCAUCAAGGUGAAGUAUAUGACGUUCCCAGCUGGAGUUGGGUAAGCUCGUCAAAGGCUGUUGGUUAUGGCUCGUUGGAUUCGCGUAGAUCUAUUGAUAGGGAGUUUUUCGAUAUCGUUAGUAUCGUCUACUUCUAUUUCCAGGACCCGAACGGUGGUCUGCGCAAGCUUGACGUCGAAGAGAGAUGGGUUAAACAUGGCGUUACCAUCCAAGAGCUCUCAGAGCGGGGCGAGUUACCUACAUUAAGUGGAAAACAUAUUCCAGCGGAAUGGAGGACUAAUGAAGACUGGAAAGAGUGUCCUCAAAACCCCUGGAUAGCCCGCAAGCAUGAAGAAUUGGGUCCGGAUAUACGGGGCUCUGCGGCAUUGUUUCCGGGAUGUCUUGUCUUCAACACUACAGUUGCCUCGCUAAGAAUUGGUCAGCUUAUUGCAGGAGGGUAUCCCACGGAAGUGACUGAUGCGCCCCUCAUUGAUAAAAACGAUAAUUAUGUUGGAAAUAUUCGAAAUAUGGAUCGCGGAUGGAUAGCUGCCCAUUGCAGCAGGGAUGGGAUUCAAAAAUGGUAUGAAAUUGUUGUCAUAACGAGUGGGUUAGACGACUAUAGUCUAAGGAAGAGACUCGGGUUUGAAAAAAGGCAUUCUGAGAUGUGGGUUUUACAUGUUAUGAUGGUAGAGAGAUUGCCUUGUAAACAAUUCGUGGCAAGGAGGAUUGGCGUUGGGAAAGUAAUAAUGUCAAGGUGGAAAGAUUGUAAUCCAAGAUGGGAAACAGUAAUUCUUUGUUGAUAAGUUUGAGUAAUCUCGAAUGAGAUAAUAUAUAUCAGCAAGGUAUAUAGGUAUCUAAACUUGUAUAGAACGUUUAAACCUGGCGUUAUCAUAAGGUUAACAGGGUCUGUGUAGUCGGUAUGGAUGCGUUAAGAAUUACGCCGUGUAAACCUAAACGUGGCCCCUUUCCUUCUAGCGCCGCCAGCUCUUGGACUUUUUAAGUAACUGUUUGCGAGAAUCCGGCGUACAAUUUCACCUUCGACAGUAAUGGGAUCUGCCAAGUCGCUGGAUAUAGUGUUAUAGUGAGUUUUCCGGGGAAGA